CACAGCUGCAGGUUACAGUAUUGCGUUUUCUAGGUUGCGUGUAAUAUUUAAUAUGCCUGAGCCAGCGAAAUCUGCUCCAGCGCCCAAGAAGGGCUCCAAGAAAGCGCUGACCAAAACCCAGAAGAAGGGGGAUAAGAAGCGCCGCAAGACCAGGAAGGAGAGUUACUCCAUUUAUGUCUACAAGGUGCUGAAGCAGGUUCACCCCGACACCGGCAUUUCCUCCAAGGCCAUGGGCAUUAUGAACUCCUUCGUCAACGAUAUCUUCGAGCGCAUCACCGGGGAGGCGUCUCGCCUGGCGCAUUACAACAAGCGCUCCACCAUCACCUCCCGGGAGAUCCAGACCGCCGUGCGCCUGCUGCUGCCCGGAGAGCUGGCCAAACACGCCGUCUCGGAGGGCACCAAGGCCGUGACCAAGUACACCAGACAGCUCCAAGUAAAGGUCGUGUGCCUCUUCGGGAAGUUGUAG